GUCUAACAUCGUCAGCAUAUACUAAGGGUGCGAGGUUACUCCGCAUAGAAUAUAUAAAUGUUCCAUGACAGACCUAAUUAACUAUUUACAUUAGCCAUCAUACGCACUGUUGCGUAGAAGAGUGUAUUUACAUAGGAUUCCGCUGACAGACCGUUGGUCGAAUGUGUAUUCUGCGCUCAGGAAUAUGUGUUAUGUUUAUAAAUAGCCGUCCUUAGAAUAUCUACGUCGGUGCAAGGAUUAACAACAACCUGUUCAGACCAUGUGUAUUUAUAUCUUAUUUUAAGAAGACAAAUAGCUAUGUACCCUUUUGCGCCCCUCAUGAGCUGCAUGUUGUGAAUGUACAAACUAAAUGUGUAAGUUACUGUUUACGUAGUUCCAGCUACUACCAAGCCACACUUAAUCAGCGUAUUAAACUACAUAAACCUGUCGCAAGCAAACGGUAUAUAAGGUAAAACAGCUGACUAUUUGUUCAGGUAAUCGCAGAGCAGAUAUAUAGACCACACUGUGCUGACCUUGUCUACUUUAUAAACACACUGUUCCACUACUUGUCACUGAGCAGCACACACACACCGUCCGUUGAGACGUAGUGUCGUUCUUAACCUCAGCCACUGGUAACAACAACAGCUACCGCUGACGUAGCAGAGCUAUGUGCGUCCACGUGUUGGAUAGAAAGAGAAGAUCAAUCUAAACAGAAUGACAGAAUGGCUUGGAAGGAAGCUGAAAAUCAGAAAUUCACUAGUACGAGAAUUCCUAGCGGAGUUCCUCGGUACUUUCAUUUUAAUGAUUUUUGGCGAUGGUUCAGUGGCUCAGGCAGUGUUAAGUAAGGAAUCAGUGGGGAACCACAUGUCCAUCCACUGGUCAUGGGGGAUCGGAGUCAUGAUGGGGAUCUACGUGGCCGGAGGAGUAUCGGGUGGACACUUAAACCCGGCAGUGAGUGUAGCUCAAGCAUGUCUUGGAAGGUUUCCCUGGAAGAAAGUGCCACUGUACGCCGUAGCUCAGUAUUGUGGAAGUUUCGUGGCGUCUGUCCUGGUAUUUCUAGUCUAUUUCGAUGCAAUCAACAAUUAUGAUGGUGGCGUAAGAGCGUUGCUGGGUGAGAAUGGAACCGCUGGGAUAUGGUCCACCUAUCCUACCUCAUACGUAUCAGUGGCCAACUGUCUGGGUGAUCAGGUUUUCGGUACGGCCGUAUUGCUGAUCUGUGUAUUGGCCAUCACUGACGAGAGAAACAUGACCCCACAUAAAGGCCUCGUCCCGAUCAGUAUCGGUCUGGUGGUCUUCGUCAUUGGUAUGACAUAUGGACUAAACUGUGGCUACGCAAUCAACCCAGCGCGAGAUCUGGCGCCUAGGAUAUUUACUGCAAUUGCAGGUUGGGGAAGUGAUCCAUUUAGUCACAGAGAUUACACCUACUUUUGGGUGCCUGUGAUUGGUCCACAUGUCGGAGCAGUGGUUGGAGCUUUUACAUAUCAACUGUUCGUGGGUUUGCAUUGGCCUGAUGACUCGGACGAGCAUGAGAUGGACCAACAGAACAAUAUACGAAAGAGUCGUGAGGCAGUCUACUCAGACAGCGAAGACAGAGUCCAUUUAAAUCCACCCGGAGGAUUGGAAUUACAGGAAUGACGUCACUGCUUGGAUAUAGAUACAAAAUUUUAGCUUCCAAGACACUUUCCAUGAUAUCCGAGGAAAUGGAGGGAAUCUCAAAAGGCAGCUGAUGUUUAUAUUAGGAACAUUAAUUGAGACGGAACCAACCUCAACGAACUAAGUUUGUAGUCUCCUUAGGCUACAGAUAAAUGCUAUUUUGAAACUAACCUGCAUUUUAUUCUCAAUACAAAUACAAUGUGAACAUAUCUGUCGCUUGACAUAAAUACACUUCCUUUUGCAGUGACAAAACUAUUUACAGUGCUCCAACAAAUAUGUUAUUUGACUAAGCUAGUGCUGGAGAUUUACCGUGCAUGUUUGACAUGUGAAACCUUAAGACUUAAGAUAUACAGCUGGCCAUGUUUUGGAAGGUAAAAUGACAUUUGAAGCUAGUUUGAAUAGCUGUAUUUGUAUGUAAUAUGUGCCCAUUACUUCACAACUGAAUGAACUAUAAUGAACUAUACUGAACUCACGCUGCACGCAUAUCGCUGACUAUAUCUGAACCUGUACGUAUGUCGUGGUUACACAUGUACCUUGGUUAAUAUGUCCAGUAUAUAUACUGACAAUGAUAAAAGAUCAAGAAGCGAUAGGAGUUCCUCUUCAUCAUCAUCAGAUUUGCCCGCUUGUAAAAAAAAACUCCGUAUACAAUUACGUUCUUGAGUCACCAGAACCUCCCGAACUGUGUACUGUAUAUUUUGGUGAGGGAAUACAAAGUGUACCUGUGUCGCAAGUUGGAAUGGAUCCCCACUUUGUUUACAACUCUGGUCAGUGCCAUGCCAUGCCACAGACUUAUAGCUAAUAGACCCACAUCUGUGACAUUGUCGACGAACAAAUCGAAAAGACAGCCGAUCGUGUAUUUGGUAAAACUGAGGCUAAACUUUGCGAUAUGAUUAAGGAGGAGGUGGCGCCCAUUCAACUUAAAUUAGAACUUCUAGAGAACGAGAACAUGGGGAGCAACAUGAGGAUUCAACGACUCUCAUACUCGAUACUUGUGAGAAAGCCGACAUUCCAAUCACUCGCGAUGACAUCGUGAGAUACCACCGUGUCGGAAGAUUAAGGCAGCCAAGUCGGAAUGGCCCCGUAAAUCUCGUCAAAUAAUUGUCCGCAUAAAAACUAGCGACAGUUGUCGUAAAAUAUAUAAAUAAUUGAGGUACACAAACAUGAUUUCUUCAAAUUCCUCUAAAGAGACGACAGAACAAACUUUUAAAAUA